CCCGGUACGGUAUCCGCAGGUGGAACACGCACGAGUGCCCUCGAGAUUGUGCGUCGGUCGGCAGGCACCCGCAUUUCAGGAAGACGCAAUGGCAGCCAUUCAUCUGCCCCUCAUCAGUCAACAGAGUUCGACUGGCAGCCGCAGAGGAGACAGUUGUGGCUGUGCCGGGUACAUACGAAAAGCAACUACCUUAGGUACCUAGGUAUUAACGAAGCAAUCGCGGCUGGAUGCCAUCACAUGCCGGGGCUCGCUCCCCAACAUGUAUGGAUUGUGGAAACGAAUCUAAUAAUAAGAGAAAAGCAUCGACGCUGAUGAAAGGCCUCCCUCCCGCCGACGUUGGACUUGUGCAAGUACAAAGUACGUACCUGGUACCUACCUAAAGCGCACAGCCACAGUUGCUGCGCCACACCACACAUACUUGCCGCUUUUGUGGCGCCCUCCGCCCCCCGAGAAGCGACAACAAGUCGACGACUCGACCGGCAUCCAUCCAUCCCCAACCCUCUUCGAUGGGGACCUGUUCUGGUGACGACAGCAAACCGGCCCCGUUCCUGGUGGCGCACACGGCACUAUCCUUGACCCUGCCAUCUAUGGCUUCUGCCUUGUCUUGUGUGCAUCGAGUCACACGCGUGGCUCGCCGCCGCGCAACUCGCCCCGUCCACGACGAGGCCGCCGGCCAUGGCGAAUCACGGCUCGGCCUCGGGCCGUAUAAAAGGGUGAUGACGACGGCCGCUCCGCGAACACGCAUGGCAUAACUGUCCCCCCUUCCUUCGUCCGUCACAUCCCUACCAUGGGCGCCUUGUUCGUCACCUCGCCCGCCAGCAGCACCACUCUCAUCUCGCGAGACGCUGCUGCCCAAGCCAUGUCCGCACCCUCCAUCGACGCCUCGCUCGACACGCAGGGCCUCGCCAGCGAACAGCGCGGCCUGCUCGAUCUCAUCGACAAGCUGCAGUUUGCCCAGCUCGACAAUGUGAAGCUGCCCCAGAUCGUCGUCGUCGGCGACCAGUCCGCCGGCAAGAGCUCCGUGCUCGAGGCCCUCACCGGCACGCCCUUCCCUCGCGACGCCGGCGCCUGCACGCGGUUCGCGACCGAAAUCCGUCUACGGAGAGCAAAGGAAGCGACGCUCAAAGUCUCCAUCAUCCCCGACAAGAAGCGCCCUUGGGCCGAGCAGGACAAGCUCCUGCGCUAUGGCGGCGACGUCACCGGCGACACGCCCUUUGACGCCAUGAUGCGGGACGCCACGGAGCUCAUCGCACCCCGCGAGAUGCCUGGUCGCUUCGCCGCCCGCGAUAUCCUCGUCGUCGACAAGAGCGGCCCGGACAUGCCUCUUCUGACCCUUGUCGAUUUGCCCGGCCUCGUCCGCGUCGCCAACCGCGACCAGUCCGAGGCCGACAUCCAGACCAUCGAGGCGCUCUCGGACCACUACAUGAAGAGCUCCCGCACCAUCAUCCUCGCCGUCAUUGGCGGCAACAACGACUACGUCCAGGCGCCCAUCCUCAAAAAGGCCCGCCACUUCGACCCCCGCGGCUCCCGCACCAUCGGCGUCCUCACCAAGCCCGACAUGACGGAGCGCAUCGGCCUCGAGGCCAAGUUCCUCGAGCUCGUUGCCAACAAGGACCGCGAGAACAACUUCAAGCUCGGCUGGUUCGUCCUCCUCAACCCGGGCCCCGGCGAGCAGUGGCUGGCGCCCGAGGAGCGCGCCGCCCGCGAGGCCGACUUCUUCACCCGCGGUCGCUGGUCCGCCCUCCCGCCGCAAAUGUGGGGGAUCGCCUCGUUGCGCCAGACGCUCAGCACGCAGCUGCAGCGGCACAUUGGCCGUCACGUCAAGACUCUGCGCCGCCAGAUCCAACAGGCCCUAGAGCGCUGCGACGGCCAGCUGCGCGCCAUGGGCUCCGCCAAGGACACGGUCGAGGAGAUGCGCUUCGAGAUGGGCGAGCUCUUCACCGGGUCCAACAACCUCGUCACGCCCGCCGUCAACGGCAACUACAAGAACCCCUUUGGCGAGAGGUUCUUUGCCCGGCAGUCGAGCCCGCGAGGCACGCCGCCGCACAAGCUGCGCGCCCGCGUCCGUGAGGAGAGCGAGCGCUUCGCCCGGCAGUUUCGCCAGCACGGGCGUCGCAUCAACUUUUCCGUCUCGCCCACCACCACCGGCAACAGCUCAGACAGCGAUGGUGGCAACGGCGGCAGCAGCAUCAGCAGUAACAACCUGCUGCCCCCCGGGGGCCUCGUCGGCGGCCAGAGCAAGCGCGACUUUGCGCUCAACGAGGUCGAGCCUCUGCUGCGGCAGAUUCGCGGCAACGAACUGCCGCUCGACUCGAACCCGCGCGCGCCCUACAUCCUCUUCCAAGACUACUCGCGCAACUGGCCGGUGCUGGCGCAGGAGUACAAGGACAACCUGGGCGUCAUCUGCAACGAGUUCCUGGCCGAGGUCAUCGACCACGUGUGGCCGCUGCGCAUGCGCGACCCGCUGCGCUACCACUUCCUCGAGGUCAAGAUGCGCGAGCUCAUGGACGGCGCCGAGGCGGAGCUCGCGCGCCUCACCGACGACAUGGAGCUCGAGGUGCAGCCCUACGACCCCGAGUACGAGGAGCGCCUCAUCCGCUGGCGCGCCGAGGCCACGGCCGACGGCGGCUCCUACACCGAGGCCGAGGAGGUGCUCGAGAAGAUGCUCAUCUACUACGACCUCACGGCCCGCAUCUUCACCCGCAAUGUCAUCACGCAGGUCGUCGAGCGCCACCUGCUGCUCGGCAUGCUGCGCCUCUUCAACCCCGUCGAGAUCCUGCGCAUGCCCGACAAGACGGUCGAGUCCAUUGCCGCCGAGAACAAGGAGACGCGGGAGCGCCGCACCGCUCUCCGGGCGCAGAAAAAGGCCAUCGAGGAGGCCCGCAGCAUCUGCGCCGGCCUCGCCAUGCGCAGCGAUCUGCGCGCCUCGUACGGCGACGACGGCGACUCGGACGAGUACGUCGCGACCGACGACGAAGAUGCCCAGCAGAAGCAGCAGCUGAACCGCACCGCGUCCCAUCGUCGCUCCGUCGCCUCGUCCAACCACAACUCCAGCGGCGGCGGCGGCCCACGCAGCGAUUCCGUCCGUCGCCCCGUGCCCAGCCAAAACCGUCCCCAUCGCCCGACCCUCGACACCGCCGAGGGAGGUCUCAGCCAGCGCACGCCCGCUGCGCCCCCGCAAGAGUCGCGGCACACCACGCACGGCAGCGUAAGCUAUGCCGACGUCCCCAACCAUCAGCAUCAGCAGCAGCCGCGUGAGUGGGACUCGGCGUACUACGCCACUGCCGCCAGCAGCAGCACCACGCAGCAGGCACCCGGCCACGCUCCCCCGCCGCCGCCACCUCCCCGCCCCCAAAAAGUGGGCUUCGACGACGCGCCGGAUCGGUACUACGACACGGCAGCAACGCAGCGAGGUGAUGGUGCCGCAUCCCCUGGCCAGACGAGGCGGGAGAGCGCGCGGUCGCGGCUGACGUCGGCCAUGAGACUUGGCUCCUCGUGAGGCAUGAGCGUGGUUGGCGGAUAGUCGCAUGAGUCCAAUGUUCGGAGUUUUGAGGCGUGAUCAUGUAUAUACCAGAGAGUACUGCGUCCAUUUGGCUGGAUUGGGGUUCAUCAUCUGUCACGAUAACGGCCUGGCUCAGGCGUGGAAUCGGCAUCAUGUAAUCUAGAUGGUGUAGAGAAUUCUUUCUCAAUACCAUUGAUGGCAAAGCAAGUAUCUAAGCUGCCAAGAUGGAAUGAACAGCACCCCACGACUCCACCAGCGUCACGAGUCCUGCUCGACAAUAGACCGCAGCCUGCCAUGCAGCUCCGCCUGGUGUGAUCUACCUUGUGCGUCUCUGUAAUUCUCCAAGACCUCGCGCCUCAUCACCCGCCGCGGCGCCCUCCGGCCCGUAAACAGCUCGAACUGCGCGAAGCCCUGCUCCGGUAGCAGGUCUAGGCCGUCCAUGGCGACCCAGCCGCGCGAGGCGGCGUUGCGCGCCUGUGCUAGCAGGGGCGUGUUGAGCGUCUUGUACCCGAGCUCGAUGACGACGCCACCGGUCUGGUGGCCGAGCCAUUGCGCGGGAAGCUUGAAUUCGGGUGACGGGGUACUUCCGAUGGGGUGGGUAGGGAUGCAGGAGAUGAUAAUGGACGGCAGCCGACAGU